UCGUGCGGGACCCCGGGGGGAGCCCGGCCCUGGGCGGCGGGGAUGAGUGACGGGGACCGUGCUGCCGCAGCGUCCCGGGACCCGGUGCGCCGGGGCGCGCCUGGGCGCGGCGUGCGAACACCGGGCGCUGCUGCUUCGGAGACCCGCUCGCCUCGCGCGGCCACCGCCCCGCCGCUCGCAGCUGCAGCCUGAAGCAGCGACGUGGCAGGAGGCGAUCGGCAAAGCCCGGCGGCUGUUCCUCCGGGGGAGGAGGUGGCGAGGGCACUGACGGUGAGGCAGCAGGAUGAAGUUGGAGUGGUGUAGUCGACUUGCCCCUUGCUCCAAGACAACCAGCCAGACCUUUCUGCUUGGAGGAGUGUUCAUUGCAUUGGGCUCAAGUCGAAUCCUCCUGAUGAAGUAUUCUGCCAAUGAAGAUAACAAGUAUGAUUACCUUCCUGCAACAGUGAACAUGUGUUCUGAAGUAGUAAAACUGGUCCUAUGUGUAGUGUUGGCACUCUGGAAUAGGAAAAAAGAAAAGGGUUGUAUGGAUCACCUCUCUGAAUGUUUUUCCUGGAAGAAUGUAUGCAAUUCCAUGAAAUGGUCAAUUCCUGCCUUUCUUUACUUUUUGGAUAACUUGAUUGUCUUCUACGUACUGUCCUACCUCCAGCCAGCAAUGGCUGUACUCUUCUCAAAUUUUGUCAUUAUAACAACAGCUCUUCUCUUCAGGAUAGUGCUAAAGCGAAGACUCUCUUGGGUACAGUGGGCGUCUCUGGUGAUUUUAUUCCUCUCCAUUGUUGCCCUGACUCGAGGAACUGGAGGCCACCAGCACAGCUUGGCUGCACAUGGAUUUCAUCACAGUAUGUUUUUUAGGCCAUCUAACCACUGCCUUCUCGCUACUGGACCUGAGGAAGCGUGUGCGGAAAAGGGCAACUGCGCAGCACCAAGUUUCCUUCACAGCUUCCAGUGGAAUGUGACCAGUACCAUGGCAGGAGUAUUGAAGCCUCUCCGCCUCAGCCUGGGCCAUCUGCUUAUUCUAGUGCAGUGUUUUGUGUCUGCCCUGGCUAACAUCUACAAUGAAAAGAUGCUGAAAGAUGUGGAUCAGCUUGGGGAAAGCAUCUUCACACAGAACAGCAAACUCUAUGCCUUUGGGGUGCUGUUCAAUGGGCUCAUGCUGGCACUGCAGGCUAAGAACCGGAGGCAAAUAGGGAACUGUGGCUUCUUUUAUGGGCACAACAUCUUCUCCGUGGCUCUUAUAUUUGUCACAGCUUUCCUGGGGCUGUCUGUAGCCUUCAUCUUGAAGUUCCGAGACAACAUGUUCCAUGUUAUGACUGCUCAGAUCAACACUGUCAUCAUCACCACUGUGUCUUUCGUCAUCUUUGACUUCAGGCCUUCUGUAGAGUUCUUUUUGGAAGCUCCUGUAGUGCUUCUCUCCAUAUUCAUUUAUAAUGCCAGUAAAGCAAGAGGCCUGGAAUAUGCCACUCUGCGGGAAAGGGGAAAACUCAUCAAAGGAGAUGCAUGGGAGAGGUCAAGUGGGGAUGGAGAGGAAUUUGAGAGGUUGAACAAACCAAACAGUGACAUCGAUACAGAUGAAGAUUCCCUCUAGCAUGAGGCUGGCUUGGAGGUGUGCUAUUGCUCACAGUGAGACAGAGUUUAUCUUUUAUUAACACAGGGAAGAGUAAUUUUUCCCCACUGACAGACUAUUUGGAAUUGUUUUGGGGCUGAAUGUCAAAUGUGGAUGAGGACAGUAUUCAAGCUGUAUAUAUGGAGAGUUGUAUUCAUUUAUGCCUGUCACCCAGUGUCUUGGGAAAUGGAAAUCUGGAAUGCCUUUGUAGCAGCUGGUGAAUUUUACAUGCAGCUUACGUGGCCUAACUUUGAAAGAGCUUGAAUAAAACAAAAGUUUAUUGAACAGUAUAAA